AUGUCAAUGUGUAUAGGUUUCAAAACAUCUGAAUUGGUUUUAAACAGGUAUAGCAUUAGCAGAAGAGCAAUCAAUUUAUUAGAUGAAAUAAAUCGGUUGAAAGGAGAACAAUCAAAUGUCUCAUUCAUAGAGCAACACCCUCCUCAUCCAGUCUCUGAAUCAUAUAGAACAGUGGGGAAAGAAAUCAGCUCCAAUGUUGAUAUUGCUCGCAAUUAUCUGGCAGAUGAAACAGUCGGUAUAAUUGGCAUAUGGGGCAUGGGGGGUGUAGGCAAGACCACACUCUUGAAAAAAAUCAGGCAGUCAUUGUUAGGUGAUGCAAACAUGGGAUUCAAUCCGUUAUUUAUCGAAGCUUCGAAAGAUAUUCAGCUGGAAGAACUUCGAAAACAGAUUGCUGAAAGGUUGAAGUUGGAAUCUUCUGCUGGUAAAGAUGACAUCUUUGAUGUUUUAAAAAUUAGCAACUUUGUAUUGCUCUUGGAUAAUAUAUGGGAAGAAGUAGAUCUUAUUGCUCUUGGAAUUCCCCAUCCUUAUAGCGACGAUAAUUCCACCAAACAAUAUAAACACAAAGUGAUUUUCACUACUCGAUCUGAAGAUGUGUGUGCCAAGAUGGGUGCAGGAGAAAAUACCAUCAAAGUGGAAUGCUUGGAAUCAGAUGAAGCAUGGGAUCUUUUCAAGGACAAUGUAAAUCUAGCUGUUAUCGAGUCAGAUGAAUAG